UCCACCACAACCACAACAACAACCCAACAAGCAGCGAUCCAUCCAUCCAUCCAUCCUCCACAACCAGAGCAAGCAACCAAGAAACCAUCACAGCAGCAAACAGUAAUCGCCAUCCACCCACACGCACACCGAUCACCAUCCAUGGCGGCGCACCAGCAGCAGCAGCAGGCGGUGGGGUUCGAGGACUACCUGCCGGUGAUGGCGGAGCGGCUGGGGGAGGAGGGGCUGAUGGAGGAGCUGGCGGCGGGGUUCCGGCUGCUCAUGGACCCGGCGUCCGGCCUCAUCACCUUCGACAGCCUCCGCCGCAACGCGCCGCUGCUCGGCCUCGGCGCCAUGUCCGACGACGACCUCCGCGGGAUGCUCGCCGAGGGCGACUUCGACGGCGACGGCGCGCUCUCCCAGAUGGAGUUCUGCGUCCUCAUGGUCAGGCUCAGCCCCGACCUCAUGGACCAGCCCCGCAGGUGGCUCGACGACGCCGUCGCCCAGGCCUCGCAAUUCCUCUUCACCACCUAGAUUCCACCGCUCCCAUAGGAUCUUCCUUGUUGCUUCUUCUUCUUCUCCUCCUCUCCCUUGUUCAUAGAGUCGGUCAGGAUUCAAGAAAAAGAACGGCACUGUCGAUUGGUUCGACGAUCCCCGUCAUGUGUACUCUCCCCCUCUCUGAUUGUUUCCGCACGGGAAUCUCUCUGAGUUAAUCGACAUAAGCUUCUAAAUUAUCAAAACCGCAUUCCGGCA